CCUCCACUGGUACAAACGCACCGCAGCUUCAAUCUGUGGCUGUGACACAGACACUGGUGGGCGGUGUUUAAAAAAAUAACGAGGCAGAGCCUUUGCGGAAGUCGUUGAAAGUCGAGUCAUAUGACCACCUAGCCGGAGAAAAUGCUAUCUAGACAUGGAUAAAAUUCCACGGACACGGUGAAUAACAUCCACAACGAAAACGAUGGAGGAGAUUAAAGUGUCUCCUGACUAUAACUGGUUUAGGAGCACAGUGCCUCUGAAAAGAAUUAUUGUCGAUGAUGAUGACAGUAAGGUGUGGUCGUUGUACGAUGCAGGCCCAAAGAGCAUCAGGUGCCCCAUCAUCUUCCUCCCCCCGGUCAGUGGAACCGCUGAGGUGUUUUUCCAGCAGGUUUUGGCUCUGACAGGAUGGGGCUACAGAGUCAUCUCGCUGCAGUACCCGGUGUACUGGGACCUCAUGGAGUUCUGCGACGGUUUCAGGAAGCUGCUCGAUCACCUCCAGCUGGAUAAAGUUCACCUGUUCGGUGCAUCUUUGGGUGGAUUCUUGGCCCAGAAGUUUGCAGAGUGUACACACAAAUCCCCCCGGGUGCACUCACUGAUACUGUGUAAUUCCUUCAGUGACACCUCCAUCUUUAACCAAACGUGGACGGCAAACAGCUUUUGGCUGAUGCCAGCUUUCAUGUUGAAGAAGAUAGUUCUGGGGAACUUCGCUAAAGGACCUGUGGACCCUAAAAUGGCAGAUGCAAUCGACUUCAUGGUUGACAGGCUGGAGAGUCUAAACCAAAGCGAACUAGCAUCCAGACUAACACUGAACUGCCAGAACUCCUACGUGGAGCCGCACAAAAUAAAGGACGUGGCUGUGACGAUUAUAGAUGUUUUUGAUCAGAGCGCGCUGUCUCUGGAAGCCAAGGAGGAGAUGUACAAGCUGUAUCCAAAUGCCAGGAGAGCUCAUUUAAAGACUGGUGGAAACUUCCCCUAUCUGUGCCGGAGCGCAGAAGUCAACCUCUACAUACAGAUCCAUUUGCGUCAGUUCCACGGUACGAGAUACGCCGCCAUCAGCCCCGCCAUGGUGAGCGCCGAGGAGCUGGAGGUCCACGAGAGCCACCUGAGUAAUAAACACGACUCCGCUGAUGAUGAUGACAACCAGUGAGACGGCGUUUCCCCUCGUUCUAGAAAGGAAAAAAAAACUAACACUGUGGCCAUUUCCUCUGAAGCUCUGAUUUCCCACAGUUCCGUGCUCUGAUCAUUUCAAAGGACAUUCUCCAGAUCUCCCCCGGGGCAGGGUUUACUAUGGAGCGCAAUACUCAAUCAGCUAGUUAGUGGAGUAUAUUUUUAUUUUACAGAUGAAGCAAUAUUUUGAUACCUACUUGUACAUAAAUGGGCCGCUUUGCUUUAAAAACACAACACCUUGCCUUAUGUGGAAUGGAUUCGAUAAACGUUGCACUCAUAAAUUGCCUGAAUUGUUUGCCUCAAGUGUUCAUUUCUGUGUAUAUUAUUAUUAUUAUUAUUAUUAUUAUUAUUAUUGUGGUUAACACUGCCAGCAGUGAACUGGUUUACUGUUAACAAAGUCAAAGGAUUAACACUGGUAUCUAAACAUGUUUGUGUAAUUACAAAGAUUGUGUAACAUUUCUCAUUUGUUUUUGAAUACAGUUAAUUUUUUUCUGAAA